CGACUGAUGACGCCUGAGCCCGCGCUCGCCGUUUCAUCGACAGGGGAAGGGAGUUAAGGAAGUAGUUGGGGGUCCUGGUGUGGGGAGUCUGGGCGCAGCCAGACGGAGCUACAUCGGGCAGCCAGGUAAUAAUUUCAAGAUGCCAGGGCGUUCCACUUCAAGUUCAGGUUCAACUGGUUUUAUAUCCUUCAGUGGUGUAGAAUCUGCACUCUCCUCCUUGAAAAACUUCCAGUCCUGCAUCAGCUCUGGAAUGGACACAGCUUAUAGUGUUGCUUUGGGUCUUGUGGAAACUCAGACUGAAGUGAGUAGUGAAUACAGUAUGGAUAAGGCAAUGGUUGAAUUUGCAAUGAUGGAUCGGGAACUAAACCAUUAUUUAAAGGCUGUUCAAUCUACAAUAAACCAUGUAAAAGAGCGUCCAGAAAAAAUACCCGAUCUAAAAUUAUUAGUGGAGAAGAAGUUUUUGGCUUUACAGAAUAAGAAUUCUGACGCAGACUUUCAAAAUAAUGAGAAAUUUGCACAAUUUAAACAACAGCUGAAAGAACUAAAGAAGCAAUAUAAAUAUCCAGGCAUGGGACUGCUGGCUCCUAUGGAACUUCCAGACUGUUUUCCAAAGCGACUACGCCAUUUUACACUCCCACCAGCAAUGUGUGAGGGUUCCAAUCGCUUCACAUCCUCGCUGACACUUGUUAUUAUCUGUCUCUUUGAUUGUAGCCAUCCUAGUGGUUGCGAAUUGGUAUCUCAUUGUUUUGAUGUGUGUUUCCCUGAUGGAUUAAUAUUGUAAUAUUUAUUUUACCAACCUAAGACAAAAGCUUCAAUCUUAUGCUUUCUUAUGCACAUAACGGAAACUGCCUUACAUUACUGGCUUGACUUUCUAAAACAAAACCAUUGUUCUAUGCAAGAUGAAUGUCAUUUAUGGGGUUUGAGUUACACCUGGAAGAAUACAACGUGAAAUGACAUGGAAUUCAGAUUAUGAACUCAUAUGGGAAAUUUGUUUUGCAGGAUGAAUUCAUUCACAGUGUUUUGAGACCUUUAUCUAAGCUACUCAAGUACUCUUAUGUGACAUUUGCUGGAUAAUCUAGACAGCGCUUUGGUUAAAUCCACAGUGUGAUGUCAUCCAGUAAACGCUUGAAAGUGGAGAUGCAUGUCUCCUCUGGUUUUAUCAGUCUAGAUUAGCAGUGUGGUUCACAGCACAGUGAACUUUUCUCCUCUGUGAUCCAUCAGUCUGUCUCUCAUUGUGGGCCAAUAAUCUGUCACCUGAAGCUACUUAAAAUAGGUUGGACUUUCUUGAAUGUCAUGUUGCUGUGAUGACAUUGGGGUUUGGCUGCAGAAGAGGGGAAGCACUGUUUUAUGACUUUUGGUUGCUUCCAUAUCCCUUGUUUCCAGUAAAAGCACUGUGAUUUUUA